GCGGCUGGUUGCGGUGUUGCCUGGCUUGGCGAGGGUCGGUUCGGUUGUGGGCUGGUUUAACAGCUGCUGAGGAGUGCUCUCGGGAAAGGCCGCGUGGUGCCUUGCCCUGGUGCCCUCCUUACGCCGUGUCGUGGGUGUCCCUGCCGGGGGAAGUAGCCGAAUUACUCCGUUUCUACAAUAGCGCUUAAGAGCCGCCGACCAAUCUCGUUAAGUGUUUGAAAACAGUGGAUGUCUUAAGUAUGCAGUCUGCUAAUGUGCUUCUGAAAAAAAUUGUAAGAAGUUCUGUCCUUCCAUUUGCUGCACAACAUGGGAUGAAAAAGGAUUUGUUUCCACUCAGUAGAACUCUGAGUUUAUCACUUUGCCUGAAGCAGGACAAUUCAUGCAAUCCCUCAGAAAAAUUAGACUUAGAUGCGUGGAAGAAGGUAAUGAAGUCUGGGUUGCGAGAAGAAGUCCGUGAGACAGUAUCUGAGCAUAAGGAACUUCCCUCUUUGGCGGCUGCACGUGAGCUUUUGGAGAUGUGGAGGCUAGCUGGGAGAUCAGUCCCAGAAAAUAUCAGUGAAGAACAGCUAAAAACCUUUAUGGAAUGUCCUUCCAAGUCAGCCAAAAAGAAGUAUUUAAAAUACUUGCAUCUCAAAGAACUUUACAAGAAAAAUGACAAGAGAAAGAUGGAUGAGAAAAGGGAAAGGAGGCUGGCAGCACAAGAACAAGGUUCAGAAACUGAUAAGACCAAAAAUACUUCAUUCAUAUGUUUGUGGGCCAACUCUAUGGAUAGAGCAUACAACUGGAGGGUGGCUCAGUCUAUGGUCUUUGGCCAACCUCUAGUAUUUGACAUGUCUUAUGAAAAAGACAUGUCCGUCCGAGAAGUUGCAAACACAGUGAGACAGAUAGUGUUAAGUGAAGGCAGCAAUCGAAGAUCUGCAGAUCCGUUCCACAUCCACUUCUGUAACUUGAAAGAUGACAGCCUCUACCACCAGGAAUUUGUCAAGCAUUACAGAGAGGCGUGGGGCAGAUUGCUCAUCACUGCGACUGACCAGUGCUACACACAGGUCUUUCCAAAGGAUAAGCUCAUCUAUCUGACUGCCGAUUCUCCCAAAGUAAUGAAAACAUUUGAUCAUGAUAAAAUUUAUAUUAUUGGGUCAAUGGUUGACAAGAGCAUAAAAAAAGGUGUCUCUUUAGCACAGGCAAAGCGACUGGGGCUGGAGACCGCAGCCCUUCCAUUGGAGAAGUACUUGCUUUGGAAUAGUGGUGCCAAAAGUCUCACACUGGAUCAAAUGACGCAUAUUUUACUAACCUUGAAAGAUACUGGAGACUGGAAGAAGGCUCUGGAAUUUGUUCCAAAAAGGAAAUAUUGUGGCUUUGUAAGCAAACCUGUGCAUGAACUGAAAAAAAGCUUAAACCUAAUCAACACACUUAAACUUGGAAAGAGGCAGGAAGAAGUUCAGAAGCAGUUUGCCAAGAACUACUUUAAGAAGCUAAGGCAAAAGUAGAGUGAUGGCCAGGAGAAGGACUUCUUAUGAAGUGCCCUUGAAUGUGCUCCAGGUUCUUGCAACUUCUAGAACUGUGUUCAGCUAUUUAUCUCAAAAGUUGCCUUUGUUGGUCAAGUUUGAAAGGACCUUUGUUAGGGAUUUAAAAAAAAAACACCUUAGUAUUCCAGCUGUUUGAAUUUAUUCACAGAUCAUUGAAAUUAUGUAAGAGAAACAAAGUAAUGAGUUCUAAAAAAAAUAUUCUGUACAAAGACUAUAAA